AAUGACAAUGGGAAUUGACAAGAUCAUUUGAAAAGUUGACCAGCCGUUCUCGAAACCCUAGAAGAAUAAUAAUAAUUCCCCGUUUCCUUUCGCCAUUAUCCAACGCCCCUUUUCUUGUCCAUUUCCAUCUGGCUUCCUCCUCUCCUCCUUCUGUUCCUGAAAUUCUCGGCUCAACAUUUUCAUUUCGAUUCGAUUCGAUUCGAUUUUUUUGUUUUUCGCCCCAUUUUUCCAUUCCGUUUCGUUUUCGAAUCCGAAUUUUCAGGUCCGGAGCAGUCAAGAGGAAGCCAGAUAGAUAUACAACCGUCGUUCUUUGAUUUUCAUUUCUUGUUCAUCAACUGAGAUUUGGACGACUUUCGUAAUUUCGAUAUUCGACUGGGAAGCGUAUUUGAUUGAAAUUUUUUCAAUUUUAUUACUCUAGCUUCAAUUCCUGUUUCAUUUGGCUCCCUGUAGUUUGUAUGCUCUUGAUUUGUAUUCUAUAUUCCACGAGUUUUAAAUUUCCAAAUACGUAUGUACAUGCGGUUUUAUGUGAUUUGAGAAUAAGAAAAGGAGGAGACUGAGAGGCUUUGAUUUGAGAUUUGAACCAACAACUUUGUGAUUUCUGAGUUAUUUCAAUGGGGAAGCCAACGGGAAAGAAGAAGGAAAACGUUGGGGAGAAGCCUGGAAAUGCUAAUUCUAAGACUGCUCGGCCCUCUGACCGGAACUCCAAGGCGUUCGAUGAAGAUACGGCGAUCUUCAUAAACAUGUCUCAAGAGCUCAAGGAGGAAGGCAACCGGCUAUUUCAGAAGCGAGAUCAUGAAGGCGCCAUGUUGAAAUAUGAGAAAGCUCUUAAGCUUUUACCCAGAAAUCACAUUGAUGUUGCUCAUCUCCAUAGCAACAUGGCUGGCUGUUAUAUGCAGUUGGGAUUGGGCGAGUAUCCACGGGCGAUUAACGAGUGCAAUUUGGCGUUGGAGGCUCAUCCAAGGUACAGCAAGGCACUGUUGAAGAGAGCAAGGUGUUAUGAGGCUUUGAAUCGGUUUGAUUUGGCGUUGAGAGAUGUGAAUACUGUUUUGAGCUUGGAGCCUAAUAACCUCUCUGCUUUGGAGAUUUUGGAGGGUGUUAAGAAGACAAUGAGAGAAAAGGGUGUUGAUGUUGAUGAGAAAGGAAUCGGUUUGGCCAGCGUAAAGCUACCUCCCGCAGCACAUUUACGAAAGGUAGUUAGAGAGAAACUAAGGAAGAAGAAGAAUAAGAAAGUUGAUGAAAAGACAGAUGAUAAGUUGAUUGUGGAGGAGAAGGUUGAUCAAGUGAUUCAAGUUGAUAAGGUUGAAGUUACUGAAGUUACAAAGAAUACUAUCGAGGAAGACAAAUUGUUCGUUGAACCGAUUGAGGAAAAACCAGUCUCAAAGACGGUGAAAUUAGUAUUUGGAGAAGACAUAAGAUGGGCGCAGUUACCUACAAAUUGCAGCAUGAAAUUGGUGAGUGAGAUAGUUAGAGACAGAUUUCCAAGCUUGAAGGGUGUGCUUGUGAAGUACAGAGAUCAAGAGGGUGAUUUGGUUACGAUAACUACGACGGAGGAGUUGAGGUCGGUUGAAUCAUCCAUUCAGUUGCAGGGUUCACUUAGACUUUACAUCACAGAGGUCAGUCCUGGUCAAGAGCCUGCCUACAAGGAAAUCGAGAACGAGGAGAAGCUUCCAGAGGUUGUUGAUAAAAGAAGAAAUGCAGUGGUGAUGAGUGGAGAUUCAGUAAAUGAUAAAGAGAUUGUAAGGGGAAUGACCACGGUUGAGGACUGGAUAGUACAGUUUGCACGAUUGUUCAAGAACCAUGUUGGGGUUGAUUCCGAUUCAUAUUUGGAUCUUCACGAGCUUGGAAUGAAGCUUUACUCGGAAGCGAUGGAGGACUCCGUAACAGGAGACAGUGCACAGGAACUUUUCGAAAUUGCUGCUGACAAGUUUCAAGAAAUGGCAGCUCUGGCAUUCUUCAACUGGGGCAAUGUUCACAUGUCCAGGGCAAGGAAGCAGGUUUUCCUUCCAGAAGAUGGUUCAAGAGAAACUUUGCUUCUUCGGAUUAAGGAUGCAUACGAGUGGGCACGAAAAGAAUACAAAAAAGCCGAAAUGAGAUACGAAGAAGCUCUAAAUGUAAAACCUGACUUCUAUGAAGGUUUCCUUGCACUUGGGCAGCAGCAGUUUGAGCAAGCUAAGCUUUGCUGGUAUUAUGCAAUUGCUAGCGGAAGCAAAAUCAAUUUGGAAUCGAGCUUCUCCACAGAGGUCUUGCAACUUUAUAACAAGGCUGAGGACAGCAUGGAGAAGGGCAUGCUGAUGUGGGAAGAAAUGGAGGAGCAGCGCCUGAAUGGACUCUCCAAAAGUGAAAAAUACAGAUCUGAGUUGCAAAAAAUGGGAUUGGAAAAACUAUUGAGAGAGAUACCUGCUGAUGAAGCUGCAGAGCUGGCUUCAAACAUGAGAUCGCAGAUAUAUCUUUUAUGGGGCACCUUAUUGUAUGAGCGUUCUGUCGUGGAAUAUAAGAUCGAGCUACCAACCUGGGAGGAAUGUUUGGAGGUAUCGGUGGAGAAGUUCGAACUCGCUGGUGCUUCCCAAACAGAUAUUGCAGUUAUGAUAAAGAAUCAUUGUUCCAAUGAAACUGCACUGGAAGGUUUCGGCUUCAAAAUUGAUGAGAUCGUACAGGCAUGGAAUGAAAUGUAUGAUGCUAAAAGGUGGCAGUUUGGUGUUCCAUCUUUCCGCCUUGAGCCUUUGUUUCGACGCCGGGCUCCAAAACUUCACUUCACUUUGGAGCAUUUUUGAAAGUUUUGUUGUUAAUGGGGGCAUUCUUUAGUGGCAUUUAAAACAAUAUUUCAGUUUCCUUUGCAUCAAAUUUUCUGGUGUUCUGCUUCCCAUAUAGACAAAAGAUUUUUUACGCCAGCCAUUAUCGUUUACUUGGUCAGAGUGUAAGUUUGUUUAUAGUAUUAUUCUUUUGCACUUUCAUUCAAGAGAAGAUUGGCGAUUCAGCAACAAAGAUGUAGUUAUAGAAUUAUUCAUUAUUUAUCAACGAUUUUAUAGGGUGGAUGAAGAAAUUUUAUUUUCAAUUUGAUUUAUGAGAUUGAAUAGAGGGAAUUUGUUGUUUGUGAAAUUUCAAGAGCAGUUUGUUUAUGAUAGAGAUUGUCAAAUUGAUUGUUUUGGAAUUUGAAAGAGUGAUGGAAUGAAUUAUAUAGCUACAACGAA